AUGUUAAGAAAAAUUUCCGCUCUUAGGAAAAAGGGCAGCAAUGAUGAUCGCCGGCCACAGGGUCAAUCUAGAUCGAAGUCCACCGAUGCCGGCCCUAGACAAAAAAGCACGGACCCUGGGCCACUUGGCCUGAAUGUCGUCUACUGCCCUUCAAAUGGCCACAAGGCCGAUAUUGUCUUCGUACAUGGUCUCGGGGGAAGUAUGUUGGACUUUGCCAAGGACUUGCUGUUUGACCUCAAAUAUGCCAGGGAUGGGCAGGGUCAAGAGUUAGACAUCGGACACGUGCCUUUGAUUUUUGUCGCGCACAGCAUGGGAGGCCUCAUCGUCAAGGAGGCAUACAUGCAAGGCCAGAAUGAUCCCGAAUAUGAGUCAAUAAUCAAGGCUAUCUCCGCCAUCACCUUUCUUGCGACGCCACACCGUGGUACAAACCUCGCCAAUACCUUGAAUCGUAUAUUACAGUCAACCUUCGUCACCAACUCGAAGCAGUAUAUUUCUGAGCUAACCAGAAGUUCGUUCACGUUGCAAAAGCUCAACGAACAGUUCCGUCACAUUGCACCGAGACUGGACAUUAUUUCCUUUUACGCAACUCAGCCUACUUCACUUGGACUAAAAAGUGCCCGAGUUAUGGUAUUGGAGAAGGAUUCUUCCGUACUUGGAUACCCCGGAGAGACAUCCAAGGCAUUGAAUGCAGACCACCAUGGUGUCUGCAAAUACGACUGCCCUGAAGAUCCGAAUUACAUAACCGUCAGAAAUGCUCUCAAGUCACUCCUCAGCAAGAUCAUUUCAAGCAAUCCGACAAGUUCACGGUCCAAGGGGCUGGUAUCGAACCGAAAGCAGUCGCAUGAUUUGAAGUCAGUGCUCGCCAUAACAGAACUGCCAAGCAUAGACUACUCGUUUUUCCGGGACCAGUGGGUAGAGGGAACCGGUGAUUGGAUUCUCCAAAAUGAGACUUACCUCGAAUGGCUACACUCCCAGGACCCAUCGCCACGUCUCCUCUGGUUAACUGGCGGAGCCGCAAGUGGAAAAUCAGUCUUGUCUUCAUUUAUAAUCAACAGUCUCGUGAAGGAAGACGCCUGCUGUCAAUACUUCUUCAUACGAUUCGGUGACCGAAAAAAACGAACACUGAGCCUCAUCCUUCGUUCAAUAGCGUAUCAGAUAGCACUCAGCGUGCCUGGUUUUCUGCAAAAUGUUAUUCAACUAGCCGAGGAAGCUAUCGGUUUUGAAACUGCAGACUCGAGAACCAUAUGGGACUGCGUCAUCAAGACCGCUUUGUCCAGUACGGAAAUUCGGAAGCCAUUGUUCUGGGUCAUAGAUGGCCUUGAUGAAGCCGAUGAUCCCCGGGCCAUUCUCAAACAACUCUCCGACAUCUCUUCCUUGUCUCUACCUGUACGAAUCUUGCUUGAGUUGAACAUGCCUGGAGACGCUGGAUUCAAAGAAGAUCUCGUGCAGCGGAUCGUCGAUGGAGCGCAGAAUAAUUUCCUCUGGGUAAGACUCGCUGUUGAUAAGUUGAACAUGUGCUACACUCAACCGGAUGUUGAACGUGCGCUUCGAGAAUUGCCAGUUGGCAUGGAAGCAUUAUACGAUCGGAUGGCCUCGUCCAUUGCUCAGACACCAACCCCAACAGACAGGAAAUUGGCAUCGACUAUUUUGCAGUGUGUCACUUGUUCACUACGCAUGUUGACCGUUGCAGAACUCUCGCAGGCCUUGGAAGAGGACGUCUUGGAGGUCAUUGACCUGCAACGAACCAUUCUCGAUCUAUGCGGUGGCUUUGUCCUCGUCGAUAAUGGUGCCAACGUUGCAAUGAUUCAUCAAACCGCUCGCGAGGACUUGCUCAACAGCAGCGGUGGUCCCCGUCCCUUUCAUGUUGACCGUGAGGAAGGCCAUAAGCAGAUGUUUCUCAGCUGUAUGCGCUGUCUUAUGGCUCCCGCUCUCAGAUCAAAGAUCAUCCGGGAUCAAAUGCCAGAGUUUCUGGAGUAUGCGGCCAAUUUCUGGUCAUUUCACUUGAUAGCAGCGCCGGUUGACUGUAGCGAAACGGCUGAAGCCGUUAAGAAGUUCCUAAAAGGACACUGGGUUUUAACUUGGAUUCACAUUCUUGCGUACAGUAACCGCCUUGGCGUCCUUGUUCGAACGUCAAAACAUCUCUCUAGAUACUCCGCCGAACGGAGAGCACAUGAGGUAUCUGGAGCUCAAAUUGCUGUCCUCGUCUCGUCCGGAAGCGUUUUCCUUUACGAUUCAUCAACUUUAGACGAGACAGCAUCCAGUCCAUUCAAGCACGGAGAGCGUGUGUACAGGAUGCAACUUAACAGCACAGGCACGGUGAUUGUUACAUAUGGCUACCGUACGACAAAGGUCUGGGAGGUUUCAACGGGGAACUGCACAUUGUCGGUUGCGAAUAUCGAGACGGGACUCCGCCCCCUUGUCUUGCUCUUGAAGAAUAACAGCACUCUUCUUGUCGGGACUGAUGACAGGCGGAUACGAUCUUUGCAAUUGACCCACCCAUCUCCCGCCUGGAACCUCGUGGCCGAGCUCGAAGAGCCUGAGCUGGAAGGACACUUCUUGAAUGCCGCAAGUCAAAUAUCUCUGAAUAAAGAUGGGACCUUGAUUACUGUAGCCUAUCGUGGCCAUCCACUUUCCGCUUGGGAGACCGAUGGACCUGUACAUAUUGGUCAUUGUUGGAGGAAAGACGCAGAAUAUCCAGGUGAAGUGGUUGAAGCUGUCUGGCACCCACAUUUUCCACAGAUCUUGGGUCUUUACACUACGGGACAGAUCUUCAAAUGGGGACCCUAUGAUGGAGAACUCGACGAGCUUCCUGUGGGAGCAAAUAGGCUGACCAUCAAUCGAGAUGGGAACCUGUUUGCCACCGGUGACGUACACGGAACCGUGAAGGUCUACACUACGUCUAGCCUAUCCCUUCUCUAUCACUUGGCAUCCCAAGAUACCGUGCUUGGCUUAGCCUUCAGUCCAGACCUUCGUCGCCUUUACGAUAUCAGAGGCUAUUAUGGUAACGCCUGGGAGCCUAACGCUUUGUUGAGAUAUGCAGAACAGGCAGGCAAAGGCAGCGACAGCGACAGCGAGACAGAGAGUCUCACUCUAAGCUCCCGUGUACCUGUGAAUACGCCCAAGUGGAUCGACCCUAUCACUGUACUCGCAGUAUCGCCUACCGAACGUUUGUAUUGCUGCGGUACAGAAAAGGGAACAGUGGUUUUACACGACACAAAGCGAGGGGGUAUUACAGAGAUCCACACGUCCAAAAACCAUUUCAGCAUUGGCCAAAUGACCUGGAGUCCCGAUGGACGAUUUUUGUGCUUUUCUGACUCAAGUAGAAAGAUCUUCAUCACAUCGAUACGCCCUGGUGCCAGCAAUUCCGAUCCCGUCGUGGGGCCACAAAAGAUCUUGCCGAUGCAAAGUAGUACGAAGGGGCCGAUUCUUCAGCUACUUUUUCAAUCUGACGCCAGCCAUGUCUUGGUCCAUACAGCUUCAAUGGUUCUCACCAUUUCAAUCGCAUCUUUUUCGGUUACAAACUCGAUAAAGUUACAGACUGCUGAGUGCAAAUGGAUCAUACAUCCUCAGGAUCCGGGUCUGGUGAUAGGAUUUGCAUCAAAGACCGCUCACAUACUGGACUGGAACUUGGUUGAGCGCCAGAAUUACAAACUCGACUAUCCACUCUAUCAUAAUGGACCACCAGGCCCAGGAAUCCCAUCGGACCAGGCAUCACUUGACCGAGUCCUCGUAACUCACGACAAAAGGCAUGUGUUGGUUCAAAUUUCCCCUUUGAGUCAUAAAACGAGGGAGAAGAAAUUUCUCUAUUUUGACACGAGCUCCUUUUCCGCCGCAACGACUGUGACGUCAGACAAGGAUCAGAAGAGCGUCCCGGCGACAAUAACCCCAUCCCUUCUCCCCCAGAACGCAUCUUCCCGAAUUGCCCUGGCAAUUGCCUUCCUACCCAACAACCGCCUGAUAUUCCUCUCCCGGACGUUUCAGAUCUGCUCCUGGCAGGUUUCAACAAGUUCAGAUCCACCGGGGGUGCCUUUACCAAUAUCACGAGCUUGGAGUUCAGCGACUCUUGUCCAUCAGCAAGGUAAAAAUGAUCCUCAUAGCCUGGGUACGGAGAUUUUCGCGUUGCCAGGGGACUGGAUAAGUAGAGAAUGCCUAGUUCUCUGCAACGUAUGGGGGAAAGAGAGGAGCUUGUUGUGUCCGACGAAUGGUGAUGUUGCGAUUGUGAGGAGCUCAUCUUUGGUUUGA